GCGCCUUUUCGUUGUUAGCUAGUCUCCCACACACAAUCUCUCUCUCUCUCUCUCUCUCUCUCAGACACUUCGAAAAUCUCCUCACUGUCUCAUCUCUACCACUGCUCACAAACCCACAGCCACCACCACCACCCAACCCCCAACCCCCAACCACAGCCACCACCCAAAAAUCGAGCCUAGUUAGGUCCAAAAACAAAUGGGUCAGGUCUAGCCCGACCCAUUUCUCUUAUCAUUUCUAACCCUAACGGUUCAUGCCCCUAAUCUAGAACCUUCCCUCUUUUUGCUAUCUCAUCCGAACUCUCUUGACAGAAACCCAUGGCUUGAGCUACCUGAUCUCAUCACCUCAAACCGGCACCGCCACCACAGGAGGCGGCUUGCUCCUCAUCAAAAAACCUUACCGAGAUCUCUCUAAUCUAGCAGGACCGAAAGACUGGUCAAAAGAGCAAAAGAGGAAGUCCUCAAGGUUCAUCUUGGCACCGAUUGACGCUCCGCGAGAAAUUCUUCCCUCUGUCUAUCUCUCACUCGGCGAGGCGGAGCACGGUGAGGCCGUAGUUGGGAGUGUCGGCACCUUUGGAGAGUGAGGACUCCGCGAUAUAUGGGUUUUGGAGCACGGCGAGCUUGAUUUCCAGAUUUGAGGUUAAUCAAGGGUGUGAUAUUUGUUUUGUGUUUAUACAUCAAGGCAUUGAGCCACUUGAGAUUCUUCUCCAUCUUCCACUACUUGCUGAAGAUAAGAAGAAAUGUUGAGAGCUGGGCAUAUCUCGCGCACACAAGCAGAAGAAGAAAAGAGAAAAAAGGAGAUGGCUGCAAAACAAAAGAAGGAAAGGGAUGAGAGGAUAAGCAGGAGGGAGGGGAAACAGGAAGAAGAGGUGUUCGUGGAGACUGCCCUAUUGCAAGACAAGCUGCAGAAACAGAUGGAAUUACUGGAAUUAAAGGAGACUUUGAAGUUGGAACUAGAGUUUGCAAAAGAGCAACUCGAUGUUUUAACAAUUGAGAUAGAGAAGAUCGAGCUGGAGAUCAUUGCAUACUACAAAGAAGUGAAGAAUUUAGAUGAUGACUGGAUUAUUUGUGAUGAUGCUAUGCUGGCGCAACACAACACUAUCAUGGAGUUAGAAGGGAAGCUGCAGUUUUUUUGCCGGUGUGGUGAUGGAACUUCAAUUGAUGUUCCUGACCAGCAUAUUGCAUUGAAAGUAGAAGGGAAAAACCAUCAUUUCAAAUUUGAUCAAGUGUUUUCUCAUCAAGCUAGUCUAGAUGAUGUUUUUGGAAAAACAUCUAAAUUCUUACGAAGUGCACUUGAUGGCUAUAAGGUUUGUAUGAUUAGCUUUGGCGGCAGCUUUGACACUAUUGAAGAUGAAUUACUAUAUUGCUUUCUUGAGCAUUUAUGUCAAAGAAGACAGCAUCUUCAACGGCUUAGCAAGAAAAUCACAAUGCAGAUAUCCAUGAGUGCAAUAUCUGAAGAUUGUGUCCACAAUUUAUUGUGUGACACGGAAGAAAAUAUUGACGUGUCCAACUUUGAAGAGUUUUCUUCUAUUUUUCAGAAGUUUGUUGAGAAAAGGACGGAAAUGUAUGAGCAGUCUUCAAGAACUCAUUUUAUUCUAACAUUGCAUAUUUCUUGUGUUGAGGGUUUUAAGCAACAAAGAAAUGGGGUUUUAAACUUCGUUUAUAUGGCUAGUGAAGAAGUGGAAAAUGAAACUGAGGUCUUUGGCUUGUCAUUGCCCGAGGGGCUUACAAGUUUUCUGAAGCCAUACUUGGAUGAGGAUGCAAAGUUGUUGAUUUUGGCUAGUAUCUCCUCUAGCCAUGUCUCAGAGAACUUGACCACCUUGAAGAGGUUAGAUAGGAUAAGCAGCUUCAAACUCUCACAGCCCUUUAGAAGAGGACCUUCUACACCAGCAAAGCUCAAGACACCAAAUUCGGGGCAACGCACAUUUAUCUCCUCUAGCCAUGCCUCAGCGACCUUGAAGAGGUUAGAUAGGAUAAGCAGCUUCAAAGUCUCACAACCUUUUAGAAGAGGACCUUCUACAUCAGCAAAGCUCAAGACACCAAAUUUGGGGCAACGCACAUUGUUGUACACAAAAGACCAUUCAAAUAUUAGGUACUACAGACCAGACCGAGAGAGCGCUUCAGGGAUUUAGUUUGAGCAGCAAGUCCCUCUCUGACACACAUACAACGCUCAAGAAGAUGGCCCUUAAGUUAUUAUGGACAACAUGCAUAUGGAAAGGCAGCCUAAACAGGAAUGGUGCCAUUGAGGUUUCAUCUGUGAUCUGACUUCCCAUAGUUUUUUAGUCCCAGAGUGCAAGGGGCCAGGGCCAUGGUCCACGCAUGUUUUGUAUAUUUUUAUCAUCUGGCUGCCGUUAAAAAGGGUAUUAAAAUUUCAAAUUGAAAGAACCAUUCCACUGUAAAUGUUGACAUCUAAGGGAGCUUCAAUUGUUGUAUUUCUGCAAUGUUUCAAUUUUCCUGCAUGAGUAUGGGGGAACUUAAGUAGUUUUUUUUCUUUUUCAAUUGUACCUGUAAUGCUCUAGUGUGAGUAGUGUCCACCAUCCAGCAUUCGGAUUUUCAAGUUUGGAAUUUUCCCACAAAGCCUGAAUGGACACUCCCUAGGGUAAAGCUUUGCAAGUUUUGACUGAAAGUUAGUCAAUGAAGUAAUCUUUGUAAUGAUUUUAUUUUAUUUUAUUCGAUUAGUUUCGUCCUUAUUGUAAUGAA